AUGGUGUCCCGAUCUUUCUAUACUAGCAAGAAUGACUCGAGGCGUGUUCGAACACAACACCCUCGCAUCCGUCCAAAAGUCACCAUGAGCAAAGAGGCACGCGCCACGCUUACUGCUGGACGACGUGCCAAAUCUCGUCAGUUUAAGGUUGCUCUUGACGAGGCUUGGAACCAGCUCGACGACGCAACGAAGACCAUUGCAUCAGCCCACCACAAGAGCAUUCGCCGGGUACAAAAUGAUUUAUAUAUUGGUCAUGGAAUACUACGCUCGAGGCGCACCAAACCGAAUAUGUGGAACGCGUUCUGCUGGAAAAAAGGUCAAGACAGUGAGAAUCGGAACCAGGGUCGAGACACGCUCAAACAACUAGUUCGCGAGCAUAAGGAUGAGUAUCUUGCACUCUCGAAGGAAGAACAAGAAGUCCUGCUGAAGGAGUAUACCGACUGGACGAAGACGAAGACGACCGGCACACGGAUCUCCACCAAGUCCAAGAUUAUCGAUAUCACACAGACCUUAAAGGCUGUGGAGAAUGAGCUCAAUAGCCUGCGUUGUCGAACGGGUGCAGAAACUAUCCUAUACACGACCCGUGGGUCAACCGAUCUUCCCCUCCGUGGUGUAACCUUCACGACCGAAGGUGUUGAGCACUUCAUGCACUCUGUGAUGAGUAUUGACAAUCAAGACUUGGUCAGUAAAAUGGAGGGCUUCGCCAUCCAAGGAAUGAAAGGGGCCGCAAAAAAUCACAAAGAUCGUGUCUCUGAUGUACGUUCAGCCAUCCGCGAGAUAAUCAACAGUGGUCUUCGGAAGAUUACUGGGGAACCUCGUGCCAACAUGCAGUGGACUCACUAUUUCCGCAACAUCGUGCGACGUUAUCAAGUUACAAUAGUGGGAUGGCCCGACAACAUCCCAUUUGUGAACCUUAGCAAAGUCUCUAGCGCUCUCCCAGAGCUUGAAAGACUUUUUCAUUUGUGGGAUACACGUAUUACAUUCUGGAAGACUUUAACGGAUGAAGAAUUCGCGAAGAUCUGUCAGGAGCACAAUGAGAAGCUCAAGAGUGGCGAGAUCGAAGACAUUCACCGACGGACUCGAUCCGACAAAGGGACGAAGCGCAAGAGGCUGGCAGCUACCAAUAGUAACGACAACACAGCUCAGCGCAAGAAAUACAAAAGUGCUGAGACUAUCGAGGACAGUGACGAGGACAACAACGAGGACAACAGCGAGGACAACGGCGAGGACAAUGGUGGGGAGACAACUCCCCAACCCUCUCCUCAUCAGCCGUCUAAUGCUAACACUACUCCCAACCUCACCUUCGAGCCAUCCGUCACCACUCCCAACUUCACCUUCGAGCCAUCCGUCACCACUCCCAACUUCACCUUCAAGCCAUCUGACGCCGCUCCCAACUCCUCCACUGCCCACGCAGCUGGGAGUUCCCUUGACGCCAACACUCAUUUUACCUUUCCUCCUUAUGUGCCUGGCAGUCCCCUCGAUGGCGACAAUCAUCCUAAUGGCCUUACUCAACUUGGCGCCUUUGAUUGUGAUGCUGCGUUGGAAACAUUAGAUCGAAUCUAUGGCCCUGCGCCGUCAUCAUCAACUGAUGUUGACAAUCCUGUGUUUGACUUCACUAAUAUCAAUAUGUUCGGCUCGACAUUUUAA